AUGAAACAGGAAGUUUCUGCUCACGACCGAGGGACUUUCAUCCAAUCACAUAAUGUCUACGAUUUUCCUCGUGGGAGGAUCGCCCUGCAUGAGGUACUAGGCAGCGGUAACUUUGGCCAUGUCUACCGAGCCACGGCAGAUGGGAUAUACCAUCCGGGAAUCAAGUCAGAAGUGGCCGUCAAAAUACUCAAAAAGUCGGCUGAUGCGAAUGUAGUCGCUGAUUUCGAGAAGGAAAUAGUGGUUCAAAAGGAUCUCAUAAAACAUCCCAACAUUGUAUCGAUGCUUGGCUAUUGCACGGAGACGCAGCCGUUUUACCUGAUACUGGAGUAUCUAUCCAGAGGCAACUUACAGCAAUACCUGAGGGCGAAGAAAGACGCCUGGAGAGUUGAUGCCGUUGAGGGCGCACAGCCUGCUUGCCCCUUCCAGCUCUUGACAUUUGCCUCUGAGAUUGCCAACGGAAUGGACUACCUCUCCUCCAUGGGGUGCAUUCACCGUGACCUAGCUACUCGCAACAUCCUUCUCAGUGACGACCUUGUGUGCAAACUCUCUGACUUUGGAUUGGCACGUGACAUUUCUGAGACUGAACAAUAUGAGAAAACAUCCAGGGGAUUGGUUCCUGUUCGCUGGCUGGCUUUGGAGUGUCUCGUUCAGAACGUGUACACCACAAUGAGCGACGUGUGGUCAUUUGGUGUCUUGCUGUGGGAGAUUGUCACGCUAGGUGACCAUCCCUACCGUGGAAUGUCCGCCAGUGAAAUAAUUGACGUCUUAGCUGAGGGCUAUCGGUUACCAAAUCCCUCGCAUUGCCAUAAUCAACUCUACACUCUUAUGAUGGAAUGUUGGAGACUUUCCCCCUCACGUCGUCCGUCUUUCGGCUGUUUAAAGAGGAUGUUAGACAGUAUGAUUCCUGACGCGAAGAUGUACUUGGAGAUGGAGAAUUUUGUUGCAGAUACGUUUGUGUGAGCAUGUGAACCUUUCUUGGCGAAAUGACUGGCUAUGGUUCGCAUGGUUUGGACUUCAAUAUAUCCACCUCAGACACACGCAAUUUGUGUAACUAAAAUAUUUUGUGACUUAAAAUAUUUAGUUACUAAAAUAAUCAAUUAGUGACUGCUCUCGGAAUAAUUGGAGGCUGUGUAUACAAUGAACUGUUUGUAGUCGUUUAUAUUUUGUGAGAGCUGGGAUGGCACAUUUCAAUUAAGCUGUUUGUAUUUUAUAAAUGUCAAUAAAAUACACGUGUAUAUUUUGUACAUCGUAAACUCAGUUCUGCAAUUGUAAUUACAAAGGCACUUUGCAUGAAACAAACAUAACAUACACAGGUCACCUUAUUUAGGCCAAAAAAAAGUCU